AGGAAAAGUAAAAAAACAAAGAGUUGCUUUCGCUUGACUGCAUACAUCCAAACUAAAAUUAAAGGGUUGCCAAAAUUUUAAAGGCCGCAUCGGUUUGGGCAAAAUAGAAUACCUUAGCUCUCUUGUUUUUAUUGGACUUCGACGCAUUUGUGAUAUUGAGACCAGUCAUUAUUUUUUUACAUCGUAUUGUCAAGUUUUCUCUGGCAUCGAAGACAUCCUUGACACGAAUAUCCCAAACUAGGACAGUGGGAGCAAUUUCCCAACAGGCUCCUUGUUACAGGUGCAAUUGUUAAUUUUGCCAAUAACAGUUCGGCUAAAUAUUUCUGGCAAUUCAUUUCCAUUCCCUGCAAGGUUACUACUUAUGCUUUGUUCAGUGAUUAUGAAGCUGUUUCCAGGAGAACAAGUACUAAUUGGUUUUCAUAUUGUAUUUAGAUGCAUACUUUUUCAUUUCACUAUUAGGCCUUUUCGACGAUUCCUACAGUUCAGGUCACUGUGCAACAUGGAACCAAAAAGCAAAAGCAGGAUGCCAUGCAUGUUUGGAUGGAAAAUGUUACCAUCAACCAGUUCGAGGUUUGCUUGCGAGAAUCAAGGGCAUUAGAUGGCGGGCACAACAAAAUUGUAGUGAACUGGAUGGCGUACGAGAACUAUUCAUCCUCGUGGGCAGCUAAAGAGUCACAUAAGCUUGUAUUUCCUAAGAGCGAGGUACCAGCUGCAGAAAAUAAUUAUGCUUUGUGCAUGACUAUCAAGUUUAAGGAGCCAUUUUUUAAGCCGCCCGUGGUACUUGCAACAGUCCUCAAUGGAGACAGUAACAAUGCCAACAUAGCUUGCGCUCACAAAGGCCCUUUGGCAAAUUGGCUGGAGGUAGUGAACAAAACUCACAGCCGAAUUUGCAUCAAAGACAGCGCGGGGUACAAUGGCCAGAGAACGGAUGUAAUGGUCAACUUUCUAGUUAUCGGAGGUAACCAUGGAAACGUGCAUCUUCCUUCUUGGUGUUAAAAGUGUUAUUCUCUGAACCACCUUCAACCCGUGUGAUUAUCCGAACCACCCUCACCCCAUACCAGCGUAUGUUGAUGAGUAAAAAAUUAAAAUAAUGCAGAGUACUGUUCCCAUAGUACCACAACGUGUAAUCUCUCCACAUACGUCAGAAAACCUAACACUAUUUUUCUUCACCCUCGGUGAAUCUAUUCAGGAUUCUUUUGUGUCAAUAUAUUGGAUGUAUCUACAAGUCAACAUUGAUCAGUUUAACAUCUCCCACGUGGCGACAGGAAGGAAAACACAGUUCUGUUCUGUUUUGAUCCUGCCAACAUAUAGCUCUAUAUUAGGUUCUUUUUUAACACACCAACGACAGCAACAAAAAGGAAAACAAACUGUACAUCCAUUCAUCUAUGUACUCAUUCAUGU